AUGAAUCUUUUCAAAGGACUGGGGAAAGCUGGGACUGACAUUUUGGGAGGAGCUGUGAAAGGAGCAGGAAAGAUUGUUGAAACAGUGGGGGAUGUGGUUGAGAAGGCGCCGGUCGUUGGUGGCAUCGGAACUGUCGUGGAGGGCACCGGGAAGGCGAUCGAAAAUGUUGGUGAGGCGACUGAGGAUUUUGGUGAAAGAGUAUUUGACAAGGAAGAGGAAGGUCCUAAACAAAGUGAAAACAAUGACGAUUUAAUGAAACAGUAUGAAGCUGAAAUGGACCGACGUGCAGAAGAUUACAAAGAGGAUGUUGAUGAUUCAACAGCCGGACAAGAUUAUGAAGACGAUGAUGACAUAGAUGAAGCAGAGAAGAAGUUGAUGAAGAGUGAUAUAGAUGAUUCGAACUACGAAGAAGAGGAAGAAAAUGAAGAAUUAACAAAGGUAAUCCCGAAGAAUCUCUCCCUCAAAUCCAUCCGCAAUGGAAAAUAUCUUCGCUACAUAAGCGAAAGUGAAAACGCGGACGGACUUCUUCGAUACUCCGGCAAGAACAUCGUCGGACCGUAUUCGAAAUUUUCUGUCCAUGCAUCGAAAACCAAGCCAGGUUUCUUCCAUAUAAGGUGUUGUUACAACAACAAAUUCUGGGUUCGUUUAUCCGAAGACUCGAACUACAUUGCAGCCAUAGCCAAUGAAGAAGAAGAUGAUACAUCGAAAUGGUCGUGCACUUUGUUCGAACCAAUUUUUGUACCGGAGAAAACCGGGUUCUACUACAUCCGCCAUGUUCAGCUCAACACCUUCCUGUGCAUGGCUGAAGGAGAUCCUUCACCUUACAACGAUUGUUUAGUUGCAAGAGUGGAAGACAUAACAGCCAUCGACGAGAAUCUUGUCCUCUCGGCCGUGACGGAUUGGGACUCCAUAUUUAUACUACCAAAAUACGUAGCUUUCAAAAGCAACAACGAUCAAUAUCUCGAACCAUCUGGAAAAUACCUCAAAUUCUCAGCUUCUAGCGUGGAAGAUCCAGCCGUUGUGUUUGAGAUAAUAGCCAUGCAAGAUGGAUACGUUCGUAUAAAACAUGUGAGUUCAGGUAAGUAUUGGAUUCGAGAUCCGGAUUGGAUAUGGUGUGAUUCAAUUGACAUCAAAAGAGACAACCCCAACACUCUAUUUUGGCCUGUAAAAGUGGAUAACAACAUCGUGGCUUUUCGUAACAAAGGCAACAACCGUUUUUGCAAGAGAUUGUCAACAGAUGGGAAGACGAAUUGCCUUAAUGCCGCGGUCGGAACGAUAACGGAGACUGCACGUUUGGAAGUAACAGAGAUUGUUGUAGCAAGAAGUGUAGAAGAUGUGGAUUAUCGUGUUAAUGAUGCAAGAGUUUAUGGGAAGAAAAUCCUCACUGUGUCCAAAGGGGUUGCUAUUAACAAUACUAAAGUUAGUGAUAAAAUAAGUUUGAAGUUUAGGUAUGAGAAGAAGGUGGAAAGAACAUGGAGUUCAUCCGUGUCGUCGACUUUUGGAAUUGCUACUAAGUUUAAGACAAAGAUUCCGACGGUCGGGAGUAUGAAGUUCGAGCUUUCGUUGGAGGUUUCAAGUGAAAACACGAGGGAAGAAACAGAGAAGGAAAAAUCAUUUGUGGAGACGGCAGAGACAAUAACGAUACCGGCAAUGUCGAAGGUGAAGUUUAGUGCAAUGGUAACACAAGCUUAUUGUGAUGUUCCUUUUUCGUAUACUCGAAGGGACACUUUGAAAGAUGGGAGACAGGUGACACAUCGUUUGGAAGAUGGGCUUUUCACAGGUGUUACAACUUAUGACUAUAAGUUUGAGACUGAAAAAGUAGAAUCGUUGUGA